CCUACACCCUGCCUAACGCCCUAACGCCCUAACGCCCUAAGAGCCUCAAUCCGAACUACCUAACCUACACCACUGUACGAAGUAUAAUUCUCUUCCCCGUCAUUAAGAAUCUAGUGCCGGAGCAAAGCAUAUGAGCUAGACCACCUCAUAAUGCUGGUCGGUAGCCCCCGAACCGCACAGCUCGGCCUACGGGCUGCAGCUGCAGCGUCGGCAAGGCUCGUCUAUCCGAGGCUUAUUACUCAAGUCCCUCGUCCCGCGAUACAACUCUACCGACUUAACUCCAGAUCCUUCACCAUAUCACAACGACAUCUUGCCGAAGCCCCCAAUGAUCCAAGCAAAACCACAGGCACAGGCUCAGGCGCCGCCACAGCCACCGCUACAACCACGGCCUCCGCUAUGCUCAAAGCCGUCGCUACAACCACAUCCACAGCCACCGCUAAAUGCCCCCCCAAACCCCCCGCGUCCUCCACCCCCAACCCUCCUCCUCCACGCCGUCGCCGCCGAGGCAUCUACUACUCCACCAUCUUCCUGCUCAUCGGCCUAUCCCUCGGCACCCUAAUCCGCGUAUCCCUCGCCCCUCCCGCGCCCUACCCCCACGGCUCUCCCCAAGACCAAUACCACGUCUCCAAGAUCCGCGACGAGGGCUCCGCGCUGCCCCUCGUGCGCGCACUAUCCUCCGACCCGACCUGGAAAUCCUGGGACGCGUACUCGGGCGACGCGCAGCAAUCCGCGACCAUGGUGCAAUCGCGCCUGACGUCCGGCCCUCUAGGCGAUUCCCACGGCAUCCCUUUCCAGCGCGUAUUCCGAAAUACCAAGACCAACGAGGUCGUCAGCGUGGUGUACCUCGGCGCCGCGACCGCGGGCUGGCCGGGUGUCGUGCACGGCGGAGCGCUGGCGACGCUGCUGGAUGAGAGUUUAGUUCGGUGCGCGGUGCUGCUGUUCCCCGCGCGCACGGGGGUUACCGCCCGUCUCGAGCUCCAAUACCGUGCGCCUACGUUGACUUCCGCUUUCUACGUUAUUCGCGCCCGACCAAUGAUCGGCGAGGGAGAGGACUCGUCCAAGAGCUAUCGUAAGAUGUGGGUUGAAGGUACACUGGAGACACUCCACGGGAAGAUCUGUGUCGAGGCCAAAGCACUGGCUGUUGUGCCCAAGGGCGUUAAGCUAAAACCACUUGUUGAAGAAUUCUAGGACGGCACGUUAGUGGUAUAUUAGGCAUGUUCAUACAGUCCCUGAGGGGACUUUCUCGAAGGCAGUGGGUAGAUGAUACUCCCAUCCAGCAUUUACAGGCGUUUUGGCACAAGAGGUAAUUGAGAGACGAUACCAGAGCAUAAAGC